CCCCACCGCCGCGCCCCAACCUGCGACAUCGUCGCCACGACCCCCAGCAGCCGCCACCGCCGCCCCCUCUGCGGAGAGCCGCCGCUCCGCUCCGUGUUGCUCAGCAGCAUCCCCGCGGGGACCGUUACCCCGCUGAAGCAGCUCCUGCUGGGACAGCGCAGCCUCUCAUCGGGCCCGGAGCGCCGGGCUGGCCACGAAACCCGGCCCGGGCCUGGCCCCGGCACCGACAUCCGGCCCAGGCCUGGCCCUUAUCCCCGGCCUGGCCCCAGCGACACCCGGCCUGGGCCUGGCCCUGAUCCCCGGCUUGGCUCCGGCACCGACUCCCGGCCCGGGGCUGGCCCUGAUCCCCGGCUCGGACCCGUCAUCGAGCGGCCGCCGAAGCGCCGCGCUCCGGAGCCGCCCGAGCCGGAGUCGCUGGCCAAGAUCUUCCAGCGGAUGAAGGCGCGGGCGGUGCAGCAGCGCAGGGCGGCCCCCGAUGUGAUCCUGAGCCCCGCGGCGGUCGGGAAGCGCUGGCCGGGCGCGGCCCGGGCCCAGGGCAGCUCCCAGCAGGGACCAGAGGCAGUUUGCUCUCAGGUUCCUGGGCUGGAGCCCCAGGCAGUGCUCCCUGCAGAGCCUUCUGUGAGAGAAACCCCCCAGAAGUUCUUCCUGCGGGUGAAGAGGCAACUGCAGCAGCAGCAGAGAGCUCCGGCACCUUCAACCCAAACCCAGCAGAAUAAUCCUCCUUGCACAGCUGUGGAGAAUCCUUCAGUCCAGCCUGCUUGUGCUGAGCAGCCAGGGAAUGGGGCUGUGAACUCUGAUAAGGAUGAUGUGGAUGUUUUCCUGGUGGAAUCUGUAGAAGUGGAUGCUGAUGGAGACAUGUUUCUAAGUACAGCGGCUACUCCUUUGCAAAGAAACUCCCCACCUUGGGAAAAUGGGGAUCAGGUAGAAGGAAGGUGGAGAAAUGGAGAAGCAAAACAUACAGAGCUCAAUGAAGACAGGAGAGAGCUGCAGCCCAGUGACAAAGCAGCUGCUCCAGCGGUGGAAGAGGCAGCAGACACCAGUCCUGGAACUCCCUCCCAGUGCCUCUGCAGCCGCGUGCUCCCCUCUCCUGUCCGCAUCCCAAGGAGUCAGAAGCUGGCAGGAUCCCCCAGGGUCCUUUUGGAUAGAAUUACUUAUCAACCUCCUGGCAAAGCACGGAAAGAGAAAAACAUCUGCCUGAACAGCUGGAGGAUUAAAGUGCUGUCUGGAAACACAGCAAUCUGUAUAGAAGGGAAAAGGAAGGACAUGGGGCAGCUGCUGUGGCACAGCAGUGCCGUCGCCGAGCGCCUCACCCACACCCAGGUGAGAACCUCCACGGGUGCUGUGUACCUGCUGCAGGGCAAGAUAGACUCAGCUGCCAUGAGGAAGGAAGGCUUCCCCCAUCGCUUCAUCAAGAAAUUCACCUUUGGCUUCUCCAGGAGGUGGAAGGAGUACGUGGAGGAGUUUCUGGAGGAAAGGAGGAGGAAAGAACGAGUUCCACAAAGUCCACAAAGUAGUGAUGGGGAAGAAAAUGAGCAGAAUGACUCUGUGGGGGGAACUGAUGUGUUGGAAACUGCAGGAGGCUCAGCAGGCAAUGCAAAGAAACGUGCACUGAGGAACUCCACCUAUGAGGUAUCACCAGGGAAUGAUGAGAACAUCUUUGUAACACCAAAGGACAGCUCCAGGAACAACUCGAGAAGGGUCUACACUCGCAGCGGGCGCCUCGUCAAACCCCCCCUGAACUUCUGGUGUGGGCAGAGGGAGUUUGUGGAUCAGUACCUGAAUGUCACCAUAAAAAAUGGGGGGGUGGAUUAUCUGAGCCUGAUGUUUAGUAGUCAAAAACCCAAAAAAAGGACCAGUUUGACGUCCAAGAAGAAAAAACCACAGGAAGACACAAGGACAACAGAGGAAAUGCCAAAAAGCCAAAGUAAAGGGAGGAGCGAGGACAGAGGAGCCACUGCCAGAGCAGAAUCCCGAGCUGGCAGCAGCAGGAGGGACAGGCACUUCCUCUCAGAUGAGGAGGAGAAUGAUCCUGGAAUCGAGGGCACAGCAGCCAAAUCCCAGCUCCCUGCCAGGGGCAGUUCCUCAAACACCAAGGUGUUGAACAAGCACAGCAGCAGAGCCCUGGGGGCAGCACAGAGAGCAGCAGGCUCUGCAGAGCAGGGCCACAGGAGCUCCCUCAGGUCAGCCAAGCAGCAGCUCCCAGGACAGGAGAGGGUUCUCCCCAGCCAGGAAUCCCCAGAGCAGGAUGAGGGGGAGCAGUCCAGUGAGGACCCCCCCCUGCUGAUCAGGAGGAAAAACAAAUCUAUGUUGAAACCAGAGUCUCAGAACUGGAAACCUCGCUCUGGCUCUAAAAGCUCUGGGGGUGAUGCAGACAAGUCCUGCGGCCAAAGGACGGGAAAGCCCAACCAGAAUGUGCUGGUGAGGCUGAGUGGGCCUGAGUCCAGUGAGGAGUCCGAGCCCCCUUCUGAAGGGAAAACCUCCUCUGAGUGCAGUGCUUCCCUCCUGGCUGGCCAGGCCAGGAGGGCCCAGGGCAGCAGCAGCCCUGCCAGGCGCCUGCUGCAGUCUGACAGCGAGUCUGACAGCGGCAAGGAGCAGUUUCACAGGAAGGACAGGAAUGCCAGGGCAUCCCGGGUAGCAGCAGGCACUGCAGCCUCCAGCAGUGCCAGGGCUGCAGCAGCACCCGCAGAGCACCGCAGGGCAAGGGGGCAGAAACCCCUGGAGCUGUUCCCAAGGGCAGCUGAUGGUUGGUCUGAGAAGGAACUGCAGAAGCUUCACAGGGCCAUCGCCGCGCUCCCCAAGCACAGGAGCGGCUUCUGGCAGGACGUGGCCAUGGCCGUGGGGUCCCACUCGGCCCAGGAGUGCCAGGAGAGGUACCUGCAGGAGCAGCAGGGGAAAGGCUCCAAACAGCAGCCCAGGAAAACCACCUCUGGAAAAGACCAUUCCUGUUUAGAUCCUGCAGAUAAGAAGGAGGCAGUGAUCACUGCCAAGGUGGGCACCCUCAAACGGAAGCAGCAGAUGAGGGAAUUCCUGGAGCAGCUGCCCAAGGACAACCACGAGGAUGCCUUCACUGCCACGCCCUUCCAGAGCAGGAGGGUCCAGCUGCCAGCACUGCGGAGGAGCUGUGAUGAGGACACCGAGCCCUUCAGCCUGUCGGAGCUGCCACUCACCCCCUCCUCGGGGCUCCUCCCCUCGGUGAAAACCCCGCAGUGUCAGCACAUCAGCCCGGGAAUGCUGGUCCCCAUCAACAGGAAGGACUACGACCGGCACGUGUUCCGCAUGCAGAAGAACACGCGGGGCAGCCGAGGCACCUGGGACAAGGUCACGAAGAAAUCGGCCACAGCUGCGCUGGGGACGCCGGCGUCCUGCAGAACCAAGAGAGUGUCCCCAGCCCCGGUGGUGGGGAAGCUCUUCACAGCUGAGACUCCAGACUCGUCCAGUGAGGAGCAGGAGGAUUUCUACUUUUCCAUCUGAUGGACUUUGUGGGUGUUGUUCAGCACUUCCUGUUCUGCUGCCCCUCUGGGAGGGAAUGCUGGGAUGAGAGUUCAGUUUGGAAAAGCUGCCCUGCUGUGGUUUCACGUGGUUUAACCCCAUCCCCCCUGCCAGCAAUGCUUGGCUGUUCCAUGUGUACAAAGUGGCACUUCCAUGUCCAGGCUCCUCUCUGCCUCCUUUCUCCUUGGAAGCAGGAAUGUACAUAGCUACCACUGACUGCCAAGUUCUGAUUCAUUUUAGCUAAAAUAUCUUCUGGGCUGUCUGUAAUAAACGCAGGUGCAGUCUAGAAGGAACUGAAAUUGCUUUUUAAUUUACUCUGGAGAGAGCUUGAAUUGUUACAUUUCCCUUACAUAAUAAACAAGGACAACCUUUUUUUUUUACUCGAUUACUCAGAGUUGUUGUGGGGUGGCAGAAUCCAGGAGGUGUCCAGCUUGGAAUGGUGCCUGCAAGGCUUCAUCCUCUUGGUUUGGAAUCCCAGAAUGGUUUGGGGGGAAGGGACCUUAAAUCCCCCCCAGUGCCCCCCUG